CAAUUUUGUAUUUGGUUUUCUCAAUUGUCUUUCGCUACUUUCAGCUGUCUUCUGUAGCAUUCAAUUGCUUCUUUUGCGUCGUCACAGCCUGUGUUGACAGCCCGGAGCGUAUAUUGUGCCUGCCGACGGCCCCGCAUUGCAACUAGAUUGCGAUUACCUGGAGAGACUUCUCUUUCCAACUCCAGUUCCUUUUCAGAUCAAUUGAUCAGAAUCAGCCGUCACCAUGGUUAAGAUCACAAGUUUCACUACGAGGGACGUGAGGUUUCCCACCUCCCUCGAUAAGACCGGUUCCGAUGCCAUGAACGCCGCAGGCGACUACUCCUCCGCCUACUGCAUCAUCUACACUGACUCUGACUACACCGGACACGGCAUGACCUUCACCAUCGGCCGCGGCAACGAAAUCGUCUGCGCCGCCAUCUCCCUCCUCGCUCCCCUCAUUGUCGGCAAAGACCUCGACGAACUCACCGCUGACUGGGGUAAGACCUGGCGCUACCUGGUCUCCGACAGCCAACUGCGCUGGAUCGGACCCGAGAAGGGUGUCAUUCACCUGGCCCUUGGUGCCGUCGUCAACGCUCUUUGGGAUCUGUGGGCCAAGACCCUGAACAAGCCUGUCUGGCGCAUCGUCGCGGACAUGACUCCCGAGGAGUUCGUCCGCUGCAUUGACUUCCGCUACAUCACGGAUGCCAUCACACCCGAGGAGGCCAUUGCCCUCCUGAAGGAGGUCGAGGCUGGCAAGCAGGACCGUAUCAAGGAGGCGGAGCAGAGCCAGGCUGUACCGGCUUACACUACCAGCGCGGGAUGGCUGGGAUAUGGUGAGGAGAAGCUGAAGGUCCUUCUCAAGGAGAGCGUCGAGCAGGGAUACAAGCAUUUUAAGCUGAAGGUUGGCGGAAACGUCGAGGAAGACCGCAGGAGACUGGCUAUUGCUCGCGAAGCCAUUGGUUAUGAUAAGGGCAACAUUCUCAUGGUUGAUGCCAACCAGGUCUGGUCCGUCCCCGAAGCCAUCACCUGGAUGCAGCAACUCGCCGAAUUCAAGCCCUGGUUCAUCGAAGAGCCCACCUCCCCCGACGACAUCCUCGGCCACGCCGCCAUCAAGAAGGCCCUCCAAGACACCCCCUAUGGCCCCAUCGGUGUCGCCACCGGCGAAAUGUGCCAGAACCGCGUUGUCUUCAAGCAGCUCCUGCAGGCAGGAGCCCUGACCGUUCUGCAGGCGGACGCCUGCCGUGUCGGCGGUGUCAACGAAGUUCUGGCCAUUCUGCUGCUCGCGCGCAAGUUCGGCGUGCCGAUUGUGCCCCACUCCGGUGGUGUCGGUCUGCCUGAGUACACGCAGCACUUGAGCACGAUUGAUUACGUGGUGGUUAGUGGAAAGAAGAGUGUGUUGGAGUAUGUGGAUCACUUGCACGAGCACUUCGUGCACCCGUCUAGCGUCAAGGAUGGGUACUAUGUCACCCCGAUGGAGCCUGGAUAUAGUGUGGAGAUGAAGGCGGAAAGCAUGGAUGCGUUUUCGUUCCCUGGUGAGGAGGGCAAGAGUUGGUGGAGGUCGGAGGAGGCGAAGACCAUUCUGGAGGGGCCCCGGAUAGUAUAAUGGAGAGAUAAAAAGGGUUGUGUUGUAUAUAUGUGAUAUGAGUUUUGUUUUUACAUGAUGUUUAGAAUUAUGAGAUGCAU